AUGUUUCGUCAACUCUUACUCAUGGCCAUUCUGGCAACUCUGGUGGCCGCUGUCGAUUGGCACUGUAAGUGGCGUUUGUCGGAAUGCGUUUCUCCAUCCAUGCUAUUACUCACAUGCAAAUAUGUCAUCGACAGACCUUUUGGCCUCUGGCGGACACGACCCGCGAAACGAGCUCAACAUUGUGAACGUCUGGACGCCCGCUUGCAACCACAUCAAGGGCACAGCUGAGGUGCGCAGCACCAACAUAGUCAUGCAGUCAUGA